CCAUUUUUCCUCUUCCUCCUGCCUUAAAUACCCUAAUUUUUUUAUUACAUCUUCUUCUUCUUCUUAAUUCUGUAGACCAGACCUCUCCUUAAACGUUGUCCAAUUCCUCAUCUUUCGUCGCCAUGGAAGUGUCUCUGGUUUCCUUUCUUUUGGUUUUGGCAUGUUCGGCUUCUUCUGCUGAUGAAGAUAGAUUCGUCGGAGUGAACAUCGGGACGGAUGUCUCCGAUUUUCCGCACCCGACGCAGGUCGUGGCACUCCUCAAAGCUCAACAAAUCCGCCACGUCCGUCUCUACAAUGCCGAUCGAGGAAUGCUUCUAGCGCUCGCCAAUUCGGGAAUUCACGUCGCCGUCACCGUGCCCAACGACCAGCUUCUUGGCAUAGGCCAAUCCAAUUCGACGGCGGCCAAUUGGAUUUCGCAAAACGUCGUCGCCCAUUACCCGGCCACCAACAUCACGACGAUCUGCGUCGGGUCGGAGGUCUUCACGUCGCUCCCGAACGCCACCCCUCUCCUCGUCAAUGCCCUCAAGUACAUCCAAUCGGCGCUUGUCGCGUCGAACCUGGAGCAGCAAAUCAAAGUCUCGACCCCGCUCGCGUCGACCGUAAUCCUCGACUCGUUCCCGCCGUCGCAGGCGUUUUUCAACCGGUCAUUGACGCUGGUUUUGGCGCCGAUGUUGAAGUUCUUGCAGUCGACGGGGUCGUACUUGAUGCUCAACGUCUACCCGUACUUCGACUACGUGAAUUCCAACGGCGUAAUCCCGUUGGACUACGCGCUCUUCAAGCCGCUCGCCCCAAACAAAGAGGCUGUCGACGCCAACACGCUUCUACACUACACGAACGUCUUCGACGCGAUGGUUGACGCCGCGUACUUCGCCAUGGCCGAACUCAACAUCACCAACGUCCCGGUGAUGGUGACGGAGACGGGAUGGCCAUCGAAAGGCGAUGCGAACGAGCCCGACGCGAAUCCGGAGAACGCCAACACCUACAACAGUUAUUUAAUUCAGCAUGUGUUGAACAGGACCGGCGGAACUCCGAAGCAUCCCGGAGUCGCCGUCCCGACGUACAUUUAUGAGCUCUACAACGAAGACGAGAAGCCGGGUCCGUUGUCGGAGAAAAAUUGGGGUUUAUUUAACUCCGACGGCGCUCCCAUUUACAUUCUCCGGUUGACGGGCUCGGGCUCGAUUCUUGCUAAUGAUACGACGAAUCAAACUUAUUGCAUUCCGAAGGACGGGGUCGACGUAAAAAUGCUGCAGGCGGCUUUGGAUUGGGCUUGUGGGCCGGGUAAAGUAGAUUGUUCGUCGAUGAAGCAAGGGCAACCAUGUUAUGAACCGGACACCGUGUUCGCGCAUGCGACGUAUGCGUUCGAUGCGUAUUACCAUCAGAUGGAGAUGGCUUCCGGAAGCUGCGAUUUCAACGGAGUGGCUACUAUUACGACUACGAAUCCGAGCCACGGUUCUUGCAUUUUCCUCGGAAGUGACAGGAACAGGUCCCGGCUGAACGGCACGAUCCCGGUCUUGGAUUCUAGAAGCUCGGGCACCGGCGCGAAGUUCGUUUACGACAAUGUGGUUUGGGCCGCGGUUUGCUUGUUGUGUGCCGUCGUGUUGCUGUAGAGCGCCUGCGUAGAGUUUUCUACGCGGGUUCGAGUUUUGAAUUUGCGAGAGAAAAAAAUAGGUAAAAAAAUAUAUAUUAUUGGAAAUUUCAUGGUUAAAUUUAUUGGUGAGAUGAAAUUUUAGAGCCAUUGAUGAAAUGUGGAUUUUGGUUGAGGAAGAAGUAUGUGUACAUAAGAAAUUGGAAGAGGAAUUAUUGGGGGAGUAGUUGGAUUAGGUGUUUCUGUGGGGACUUCUUUGAAAUUUUGGGUUCUUAGUGUCUGAUAAAGUUUGCCCGCUUGAAUGUUCUGUGGGUGAAUUUUGCAGAUGAGGGCUUCAUGAAAUUGUGUCUUUUAAUUUAACCUACGUGAUUUUCAAAAUGCAAUUUUUUUAAGGAAUGGUCAAAUACAAGUUUUAAAGUUA